CGCCGACUGAUUGUGGAAGAUUGACACGCUCUCAUUUUAUUGUAGAAAGCAGAACAUAAAAUUAAGCAAAUCUUACUCUAAGCUAUUUAUUAUUAGUAAAUAUAUUCUUAAAAACUUAAGAAAUCCCCAACAAUGAGUACUAUAUUAGAAAAAAUCAGCGCUAUAGAGGCCGAGAUGGCCCGUACACAAAAAAAUAAAGCAACAGCUCUCCAUUUAGGUUUACUAAAAGCGAGAUUGGCAAAGCUAAGACGUGAAUUAAUUACACCUAAAGGUGGCGGUGGUGCCACUGGUGAAGGUUUCGAUGUUGCUAAAACUGGAGAUGCACGAAUUGGGUUUGUCGGUUUUCCUUCUGUGGGCAAGUCAACCCUCUUAUCCAACUUAGCGGGAGUAUACUCUGAAGUAGCAGCUUAUGAAUUUACAACGCUGACUACUGUGCCUGGCUGUAUUAAAUAUAAAGGUGCUAAAAUACAGCUGCUUGAUCUGCCUGGUAUCAUUGAAGGAGCAAAAGAUGGUAAAGGUCGUGGUCGUCAAGUAAUUGCUGUAGCCAGAACAUGCAGUCUUGUCUUCAUUGUCCUUGAUGUAUUGAAGCCAUUGCAGCAUAAGAAACUUCUGGAACAUGAGUUAGAAGGCUUUGGGUUGCGGUUAAACAAACAACCACCAAACAUACACUUUAGAAAAAAAGAUAAAGGAGGAAUCAAUUUGAACACUACUUGUCCACAAUCUGAAUUGGAUAUAGAAGCAGUUAAAACCAUCCUAUCCGAGUACAAAAUCCAUAAUGCAGAUAUAACACUACGUUACGAUGCUACUAGUGAUGACUUGAUCGAUGUUAUUGAAGGCAACAGGAUAUAUGUCCCAUGUAUUUAUCUGCUUAACAAGAUUGAUCAAAUAAGCAUAGAAGAACUUGAUGUAAUCUACAAGAUACCGCAUUGUGUACCAAUAUCCGCUCACCACAAAUGGAAUUUCGAUGAUUUGUUAGAAAAGAUGUGGGAAUACCUGAAACUAAUCAGGAUAUAUACAAAGCCAAAAGGUCAAUUGCCUGAUUACAAUGCACCGGUCGUAUUGCAUGCUGAUAGAACAUCUAUUGAAGAUUUCUGUAAUAAACUACAUCGAUCUAUUGUCAAAGAAUUUAAAUAUGCCUUAGUAUGGGGAUCAUCCGUUAAACAUCAGCCGCAGAAAGUAGGAAUAGAACAUGUUCUAGCCGAUGAAGACGUCGUCCAGAUUGUGAAGAAAGUUUAAUGCCUGAUCAGAUGUUAUAUAUAUAAAGAUUGUCUGUGAAUUAAAAUAUAUUUUAAAAAACCUAAA